AUGCUUGUAUUUCCGGGCGAUGUGGUAAAAGACGUUAAGUCGGUCAAGGGGGUGACAGUUCUGGGCCCCGGGGUCGCGCCGGACGGCAGCACCGUGCGCGUGACCCGCGCGGGCCGCCUCCACGCCAAGCCCCCUAACACCUACUGGGUGGAGCACGACCAGAAGCGCUACGUGCCCAAACGUGGGGACUUGGUCGUGGGCAUAGUGGUGAAAAAAUCGGGCGAUUUGCUCAAAAUCGACAUUGGGGGCAGUGAGCCCGCGUCGCUGUCCAUGUUGGCGUUCGAGGGGGCCACCAAGAAGCAAAAGCCCGACUUGCAAGUCGGCGACUUGGUCUACGGCCGGCUGCUGAACGCGCAUAAGGAGAUGGAGCCCGAGUUGGUGUGCGUUGACUCGUAUUUCAAGGCGGGGAAGUUGGGGCCGCUGUCAAAUGAGGGGUUUUUGGUGACGGUUAGUUUGGGGCUGGUGUGGCGGUUGCUGGAGGCCGAGAACCCCAUUCUGGAGGCGGUGGGGAAGGCGGCCCCCUUCGAGAUCGCCGUGGGGAUGAACGGCAGGGUUUGGGUCAAUGGGAGGAGUGUCAAAGACGUUUUGAACGUGGUUAGGUGUCUCGAGGUGGCUGAGAGGCACGACGAUAGAACUGUGCUUGAUUUUUGUAAACAGUUGAAAUAAAUUUUUUAAUUUG